GCCUUCCGAGAAUAUAUUCACAUUCAAAAUGAGAUACAUCUUUUUACGUUAAUUAACGUAUAUCAUACGAACCAGUCAAAUCCAACGGUCAAGCACAAUCCAGAAAUCACGUAGUCCAUCGUUUAGAGCUAUCGCGAUAGCUACCAGCUGAUGCUUUUUGACCCUCCGUCGAACGACGGAUUUUAGAGAAGGGACAAAUUUUGUCGUUUUCUAGUUGGCAGAAACAAUAUCUCACUUUUCUCCGUCUCUUAACAGAUCAACGGAUAGCCUUUGUAUAUUUAAUUUAUUCUACAUUGCCUUCGAAUCGAAGAUUAUGUGUUGUCUGAAUUUGCUCUGUGGGUUUCUGCUGCUAAAUCAGAGUUCUUUUUGCAAAGAAUUUGGUGGAGGUUUUUGAGAGCUUUUGGCUAAGAGGAGUUCAAAUAUUGGAGACAUUAGCGAUUUUGUUUUUUAAUCUCCGGGGAAUCCUUAAAGAAGUUUUGGCGAAAGUAGUUCGAAUUGCGUGGAUAUCUACAGAUUUGAAUAGUUCUGCGGAGUUUCUAGAAAGGUUGUGGCGAGAAGAAGAGUUAAAAUUGUGCGGCAUUCCAUUCAUUUUGAGAUUUUCAUAUUGCGGAAUUUCUAGAUUUUUUGGGCGAAGAAGAGUGUAAGUUUCUUGGAGCUGACUGCGCCUGCUCAAAAUUAGGCAUCUAGCUUGACGCGAGAUUCUCUCCAACAUCCAAUUUGCCACAUAAAAACAAAAGAUAUCUUUGUUCCCUGAUUACAUUUCGUUAAGCUGCCCUGACAAGAGUUACCAUAUCAAAGAUACAGAAGGGAUUGUGCCUGGCCCCAGUUAGCAGCUUCAGUGAAUCGAAACUCAAUGGGUUCUCAAUGAGCCAAAAUUCUGUUUACCCAAAUAUAAUGCAAUCUGAAAAUCUCAAAACUUACAUCCAAUAUUCUUUACUCUUGAGUGAAUCAGUCUGGUCCCUUUGGCAGAAAUAUAUAAAGUGAAAAGACAAGUUUUGAUUCAGUAGAUCAGUAAGCAAAUACCAGUCCCCUUCUCUUCAAUGGGAUGGGGAAACACAUUCAGAAGGCGUGUCAAAGUUUUCACACUUGCCAUAACAGUAUAUUUGGACUAUAAGGCGGUCCAGAAAAAAGCUAAGUGGAUUUCUGAGGAAAAAGGAGACAAUUUAUGGGAGAAAGCUCAUGAACGGAAUGCUAACCGUGUUCUUACUGCCAUAAUUGAAUUGGAAGGAUUAUGGGUGAAGUUAGGCCAGUAUCUCUCUACCCGAGCAGAUGUGCUUCCUGAAGCUUACAUACAGCUCCUUAAGCAGCUGCAGGACUCUCUUCCUCCUCGCCCUUUGUCAGAGGUUUAUCAAACUAUAGAGGAAGAUUUGGGAAAGCCCACAACUGAACUCUUUUCAGAAUUUGAGGAAACACCUCUUGCCACAGCUUCAAUAGCCCAAGUCCAUCGAAGCCGGUUGAAGAAUGGAAGGGAGGUGGUUGUAAAGGUCCAGCACAGAGGCAUCAAGGAUGUCAUUCUUCAGGAUCUAAAGAACGCUAGAACAAUUGUUGAAUGGAUAGCUUGGGCAGAGCCAGAGUUUGACUUUGGUCCAGUAAUUGAUGAAUGGUGCAAUGAAGCACCUAAAGAACUUGACUUUGACAGGGAAGCUGAAAAUACUCGGAAGGUUGCCCAAAACCUUGAUUAUCGGAGAAAAACAAGUGAUAGUUCUGACAGUUGCGUGGAUGUACUUAUUCCUGAAGUGAUCCAGUCAUCAAAAAGGGUGCUCAUCUUGGAAUAUAUGGAUGGUGUACGGUUAAAUGACAAGGAAGCCAUUGAAGCUUUAGGUGUAGACAAACAACGUCUUGCAGAGUGGAUUACACGUGCCUAUGCACAUCAGAUAUAUAUUGACGGGUUUUUUAAUGGGGAUCCUCAUCCUGGGAAUUUCCUUAUAAGCAAGCAACCACCAUUUCGACCCAUUCUACUAGAUUUUGGGCUGACUAAAUCAAUCUCAAGCACUAUGAAACAAGCAUUGGCAAAAAUGUUGCUAGCAAGUGCUGAGGCAGAUUAUGCAGCGUUACUAUCUGCCUUCUCUGAGAUGGGUCUACGAUUACGCUUGGACAUGCCAGAAGAAGCUAUGUCAGCUACUAAUGUAUUUUUCCGAGAUUCAACUCCAGCAAAAGAAUCCCUUGAAAAUAUGAAAAAUUUAGCUAAGAAUAGGGAGGAGAGUAUGAAGAAAAUUCAAGAAAGGAUGCAGAAGGAAAAAAAGAGUGCUCCUCGUAAUCCAAUUGAUGCUUUUCCAAGUGAUGCUGUCAUAUUCAUGAGGGUCUUGAAUCUUCUACGAGGACUUAGCGCAUUACUGGAUGUGCGUGUUGUUUAUCUUGAUAUUAUGAGGCCAUUUGCUGAGUCUACUCUAAUGGCGGGAAACAUAAGGAGAGAUUUGGCAGAUAGCAAUGGGUGGAUAUAUGACACGCCUGUUCAUUCAGAAGUUGAGGCUAAGUUGAGACGACUUCUGCUUGAAUUGGGUCAGCAACAAUACAUUAUUGGAAUCCAGGUUUGUGCAUACAAGGAUGGUAAAGUUAUUAUAGAUACUGCUGCAGGAACGCUUGGGAAAUAUGAUCCACGCCCAGUUCAGCCUGAUAGUCUCUUCUCUGUUUUCUCAGCUACCAAGGGUGUAACUGCAGGGCUUGUCCAUUGGAUGGCAGAUAAAGGGGAGAUGAGUCUCACCGAUAAUGUAUCCAGCCUCUGGCCCGAAUUUACUAUAAAUGGAAAAGAAACUUGCAAGGUUGCUCAUGUCCUUAACCAUACAGCAGGACUUCAAAAUGCCAUGGUUGAUAUCAUUAAGGAAGAUCCUUUACUUAUGUGUGACUGGGAAAAGGCUUUAAAUAGAGUUGCCUCUGCUGUACCUGAGUCAGCGCCUGGGUCUGAGCAGAAGUAUCAUUCACUGUCUUUUGGUUGGCUCUGUGGGGGGAUUAUAGAGCAUGCAUCCAAAAAGAAAUUUCAGGAGGUUCUUGAGGAGGCAUUUAUACACCCACUUGGCAUUAGUGGGGAGCUUUACAUUGGUAUUCCACCAGGUGUGGAAUCUCGUCUUGCUUCACUUUCUCUGGAUAUGAAGGAUUUCCAGAAAGCUGCUGCCAUGUAUAUGUCUAAAAUUUUGAAAGAAACAAAUGGUACUAUCCAGAAUGCAGAGACAACUGAAUAUGGUGACAUUAAGCAAGUGAUAUCAGCCUUGCCUGUUGUCUUCAAUAUGCUUUUUAUUCGCCGAGCAAUCAUUCCAGCAGCAAAUGGACAUUGCUCAGCACGGGCAUUGGCAAGAUACUAUGCAGCACUUGCAACUGGUGGCAUAAUUCCUCCUAAACCAUCUUCAAGUGAGCCUCCCUUGGGUAGCCAUCCUCACAUACCAUUAUUUUCAUCUGAUGACGCUAAGAAGAAAAAAAAAACCAAGACCAAUAAGUGUUACCAAAAUCAUAAGAAAGAAGCUAAGCAGGCAGUGGAACCCAGGAAGCAAAAUAAACCCAAUGGAUCUUGCUCGCACAAUCCAGCAGAAAACGGACAUAUAUCAAUUUUCAAUAAGGGAAACAUCCACGAUGCUUUUCUAGGUCUGGGUGCUUACGGUGAAUUGGUCCAUCCUGAUCAAAAAUUUGGACUAGGCUUUAGGAGGCUUCCUGCUACACCUUCUCUAGGCUCUCAAACAGGAAAGAUGGCAUUUGGACACUCAGGGAUUGGUGGCUCAACUGGCUUCUGUGAUCCUAAUCAUAAUUUUUCCAUUGCAAUUACUGUAAAUCAGAUGUCUUUUGGAGGAGUCACUCGAAAGAUCAUUCAAUUGGUUUGCUCUGAGCUAAACCUGCCCGUGCCCGAUGAAUUCUCAGAAGAUGGUGAAAAGGGGCCAGACAUGCAGCUUAAUCUAUAAUCUGCGCAAGAAUGAUGAGAAAGGAAUGGACCAGGAUUGUAUUCUUUUUGCAUUUGAUCCUGUAUCUUGCUUUUAGAAUUUUAAUUUUGAAGGUAUUCAUUGAAAUUAGAGUUUUUUGGAAACUAUAUAUUUUACUAAGAUUGUGGUGUGCAUUGUUGCGGCUAGAAUUCUAACAUUUUUGAUAGGUGACAAAGGAUUGACCCAAGCAUGCAUCGUAUCAAUGACACACACACAAUGUAAAUGAUUCAUAGAGCAUUGGCAUCCUAGGCAUUAGACAACAUUUCUCUUCAGUUUAGAGCUUCAGAGGCUUAUUUGAUGUUGUACAUUUAUUAUUUAUAGGAUAAUACUGGAUGUCCAGUUGUAAAAGCCAUUGAACAAUGGGUCUAAAAUUUGUCCGCUUUAGUCUUUUAAUUAUAUGUCAGUGUUAAUCAAAGGAAGCUGGAGAAAUAUCUUGAUUACCAAGUUGCAUUUUCUCUAUGUUCCACAGAUGAAACUUUCACUGGAUUUGAGAAUCAAUAAUCUUUUUAUAUUAAUAUUCAAAGGGAAAUGACUAAUACAUAUCCUUUUGCCUUUUCAAAGGUAAUGUAAAAAUAUAGGGACCUUGGCAUGUAGUGACAAGUUCAGGAUUCUGUGUUGUGCUUGAACAUUACCAAUUUUUGUAUUUUGAAUGAUAGGAUGACUGGUUUCUUUUCAUUUA